CAACAUUUUGUGAGAAAUAUUUUUUGGCCCGGGGACGGCUCACGGAAUUAUUUCCAGUUGUCCCUCGCAUUUAAAUGCAACCCACUCAUAAAACCAAGACACAUCAUGGACCAAUUGCACGACAUGGCUAUGCAGGCUUUCGUAGAGAUUCAAACAAAUAGCCUAAACACAUUUUCUCGCAACAACAGCCUUGGGUUUGCAAUACUUUAGGCAAUAUUUUCUAACAUAACGAGAUGGAUAAUCGCUAAACCAACAAUACCCUAGCCUACACUGGAUUGGCUUUGAUUGAAGGUAGCCUACGGAAGGCGAACUAAAAGUACCCGGCAUUGACUAAAAUGCAAGGAACCUGCUUGUUCCCGCCUAUGCUAAACGAUUCUAAUGAUUUAUUGAUUCGCUUGAACAAAGGAACGAAAUAUUGAUGUACCUGUACAGGAUAUCAACAUGGAAGGCGUAGGAUGUUACUAGCGUCGGCCGUGGUGGUAUGGGAAUGGCUGAACGAGCACGGGCGCUGGCGGCCUUACAGCCCGGCCGUCUCUCACCACAUCGAGGCAGUCAUCCGCAACGACCCAAGGGGUGGUAGUGUUGUCUUAGGCCAGGUGGACACUCGCCUCUCGCCCUACAUCAUUGACUUGCAUUCCAUGCACCAGUUCCGACAAGAUACAGGUACCCUCCGACCGGUGCGUCGCAGCUUCUACGACCCCACGUCGGCACCGGGCCAGGGCUGGCUGUGGGAGUGGGAGAACGACACAGGCUCGUGGACGGCCUACGACACUGAGGUGGGCAUCGCCAUCCAGGCGGCACGCGACCGUCAGCAGCCCUGGCUGGACCUGGCGCAACUGGGCUUCUGCUACCUCAUCGACUUCCAGAGCAUGACCCAGAUCAACGGGCAGACGCAGCGCUGCCGCCGCAUCCAGCGCCGCUCCGACCUGGCCUACCCUCUGGUGUCGGGGCCCCUUCCCAAGUCACACCAUGCCUGGGGGCCCGGCCCUGGAGGACUGCUGGGGGUGGGGGUUUCCGGAGUGGGCAUGGGGAAUGGGAACGGUAGCGCCUACCCCAGCGGCGCCCUGCCGGCCUCCGCCAUCACAUCGCUGGGCCAGCCCUGCGCCUGUCAGCAAUGCAUGCUGGUCCUGAGCAUCAAGGCAGGCACCAUUGCGACGGCUCACACCCUGGGCAGGAGGCCACCUCAGAACAAGCCACCCAGCCCCAAACUAGGGGGUGGUUACUCGGCCAUGGGGGGGUCGUACUCGCUGACUCUCCCCCGCCCCCCCUCCUCCAUGGCCAGGUCCUUGUCCCCCCACAGGACGUCAGCGGGUGGGGCUAGCGGUGGUGUGGGGGUCGGUGGGGGCGGCGGCUUUGCCCACUCGCUCUCCCUCCUGGGUUCGGCCACCGCCGCACUCUCCCUCACCUCCACCCGGCCCCCUCCCCCGCCUCUACCCCCCCUUCCGCCUCCGCCCUCCUCCCUCGCUUCCAGUGCCAUUCUUCCCCCCUCCUCUUCCUUCUCCAUGGCGUCCUCCGCCCUUCCGUCGAUGCCCGCGCCGGCCCCUCCUCUUCUCAUCUCCACGGCAGCCUCCUCCUGCACCCCCUCGCCCUCCGCCCGUGUCCUGGGGCCUGUGUCUUCAGCAGCGGCGGCCUGUGCAGCCCCCCUGCCACCUCGUGCCAGCCUGGCCGGGCUGAGCCGACCCGCCCUGCAGCGCAUCGCCAUGGCCCAGUCCAGAGCCCUCAUCGCCUCCGGUGUACCAACGGUUCCUGUGAAGAACCUCAAUGGAUCUAGCCCUGUCCACCCUGCAUUGGCAGGUAUUACAGGGAUCCUGAUGAGCGCCGCAGGACUUCCUGUCUGUCUGACCCGCCCUCCCAAGCUGGUGCUCCACCCCCCGCCCGUCAGCAAGAGUGACAUAAAGCCUGUCCCCGGCCUCGGCCACUGCUGCCGCAAGACCACCAAGAAGCAGGCCCGCAAAGGCAAGACCCCUGAGGAAGUAGUGAAGAGGUACCUUCAGAAGGUCCGCAACCCCCCAGAGGAGGACUGCACUAUCUGCAUGGAGGCCCUGGCUGGGCCCUCGGGCUACAAGGGUCCCGGAGUUGGGGGCAUCCAGCGGGCAGAGUCGGUUGGUCGCCUGGCCCAGUGUGGGCACCAGUACCACCUGCAGUGCUUGGUGGCCAUGUACAACAACGGCAACAAGGAUGGCAGCCUACAGUGCCCUACCUGCAAGACCAUCUACGGCGUGAAGACGGGCAACCAGCCACCCGGCAAGAUGGAGUACCACAUCAUCCCCCACUCGCUGCCCGGCCACCCUGACUGCAAGACCAUCCGCAUCAUCUACAACAUCCCCCCCGGCAUCCAGGGGCCUGAGCACCCGAACCCAGGCAAGCCAUUCACCGCCCGGGGAUUCCCCCGACACUGCUACCUCCCUGAUAGCGAGAAGGGACGUAAGGUACUGAAGCUGCUGCUAGUGGCGUGGGACCGCCGACUCAUCUUCUCGGUGGGCACGUCCAGCACCACGGGCGAGUCGGACACGGUCAUCUGGAACGAAGUGCACCAUAAGACUGAGUUUGGCUCCAACCUGACAGGCCAUGGCUACCCCGACCCCGGCCACCUGGACAACGUGCUGGAGGAGCUUAAGGCCCAGGGGAUCACAGAGGAGGAGUGCCUACCCAGAGACUGAGCUAAAGAAGGGUCAAUGGGGAAACAGCAACACAGAGACUUGUCUGACUCUGGAGACUUGAGACAGAGCUUAAACAAUGAACAUACAGACUCAGAGACACAAUGGAACGGAGACGAGGAGAAAUAGACAAAUUAAUUUUUAAAAAAAUAAAGAGACACAGAAAUGAACAGACAGUGCAACUGUGACAGCAACAGAAACAGAAUGACUGAACCGGUGAACAGAUGAGCCAAGAAAAAUAACCAACGGGGCAUUAAACAAAUAGAGAAACAGACAAAUGGACUGUCUGGCUCUAGUUUCUCGCGACGCUGACUGAGGUACAACAUUUUGACACCCACUGAACAGGUGAGCUGUGGCUCGGCUGCAUGGGUCGCUUGUAUGAUGGAAUGGUUUAGUUUAUUUCUGCUACGUUAAUGGUGGUGUCACAAAAUGUCAUUCAGUGAGACGUUUGAGGCAACAGUGCACAUACAAUUCAGUGUUGGACAGAAGCUGUCGUUUAUACUGUGAGAGUUCGACAAGAAUGUACGGAAUUUGUAUUGGUCCAAUUGAAUUCAGUGGUGCACCAAGUUUACCAGAGCUGCUGUAAGUGGUAGGAUCAGCGCUAAAAAAGUGUAUUAGUGGGGAUAUGAUAGAUAGGCUAAUGAAUGGUAGAGGGCAAAAAGUAUUAGACCACUGGCAGCAUAGUAACAAAUCUCUCAUUACAGAAAACGUUACUGAGAACGUUAAAAAAAGUUCAUGUUUAUGACUGGACGUGUGAGCAUGAGUAUGUAAUGCCCUUUUCUGGUACUUAUCGAAAAAUACAUUCCCUUUGCCUAUAUAGGUUUUCUUCUGUAUUUUAUUAAUUGCUGUAUCAUUUUGAAAAUGCAUUGUUGUACAUUUUAAAUAGUUGUUAUAUAUUGGCUCGGUUGAGUUUAUAUAUGACAUUGUAAGGAAAUGAGUCAAGCUUGAGUCUUCUCGAGAGGGCUCCUAAAUAUUACAAGCCUCUGUGGGUGUGUUUAAUAUCUGAGCUUUUAACUCAGACGAUUUAAGACUCAUCCGAUGCCAAUCACUUUCAGUAUUAAUGAUUUGGGAACCCUCUCGAUGUGGUGGGUGAGCCUAAACGCACAAAAUGAAAGUCCUCUUCAGACCAUGGGUGCAUCUCAAUAGUCUUACAUAGCUUCCUCUAAAAUUCUUUCACAUCAAUGCAGAUGAAUGAACAGGGAUUGUGGGGGUGUGGGAGGGUGAGAAAGGCCACAAGACUAUUGAGAUGUACCCCAGAAGGAAUUAAAUCAGAUAUAAAGCUAUGAUUGGACCUGCCACCAGAGGUCAGAUUUGCACUGCACAGAGCAUCAACUUUAUUUUUUCCUUCAGUCAAAACGAAACAUGGAAAGUUAGGCUUGACCUUAAGUUAUAUCUAACAGUUAAAACUACUUUGGGUUUCAUUUUAUUUUCUUUGUUUUGGACACCAGCCUCAUUCGUCUCUGAGAAAAGCAAACCUUCUGUUGUUUUUGCCAUAAGGAGGUACACUUUGAAAGAUUUGCUCUGUCGUCGAUCUAACCUGUGGUCAAACGGUCCAGUCGGUUUGUGUUAGGUCCAUGACGGACCUGCUUGUAAAGCGGUACUAUUGACAAUAUGUAUAUAUGAGUAUGUGUUAACAUGCAAAUGUUAGGCCAACAUUUAUAGUUUAUAUACUUUCUGUAUAUGUCUAUGUACACAACUUUAUGAGAAACAUUUUUUUACGGUACGAUUAUAACGUAACUGUACAUACACUUAAUUCCUAUUUUAUUUAUUGUACUCAAUUUUUUUAUAAUUUGUAUCGAAUUAUGUUUUUCUUAUAAGUGGCAUAUCAAAACCACAAUGUUUUACUUUGAUGUAUAGUUUAGCCACAUUUUACUGCUGUGUGACUACAUGAAGUCUACAUACCCAUCACAUGACGGCUGUAUUCUACUUUGCGGGUAGGGGUACUGCAUUUGGCACAUGUCAUGUGACCUUGUAGCCCCCCCAUUUUGGAUGUGUUAUGCAGGACUUUAUGUAGUCAUGUUUUAUGUCUAUUCAGUUCUUGCACUGCUCAGUUUUGUACAUCUAAUUUCCUUUCCCAGGCACAGUCUGACUACAUGUCCGUCAAUGGGAAUAAAACAAUGGUUGAAGGUUCAUGACCACUUUGUAAAAAUAAAAAAAACUGUUAAUAAAACCUUUGUAAAAGUUG